AAAAUCUUCCUUUAACAAAAUUGUACGUAAAGGAUAAGGAGUUCUUUUGGCACACCGUAGUUGCAUUGCAUGAAAAUACACAAAUCAAAGCAAAAGAAUAGUGUCCUAUAUUGCUCCGUAUAAAGCAAAGUGUUGCCUCCAUGUCACGCUCAAAAAUCUCUCCCACUCUCUCUCUCUCUCCCUCUCUUAGUUCGAGAAAGUAUAGCAUAAUCCCUCCAACCUAUAAAGAAAACCAACCACACCCCUUAAUCCUUCGUAGUAAAAAAAAUUCAACUCAUAGCUACCUUAUAGUUAUACUACUCUUCCUUCUCUCCCUCUAUUUUUCUCUCUUGUUUUCUUGCACUUCAAUCAUUAUGCAAUUAUUAUAGCCUUUUUUUUAUCUUCUUCUAUAUGUCUUAUAGUAUAGGGUGAGACAUCUUGCUUCAUCCUAUAUAGUCCUAUAUGACAUAUAAAUAUAAUAUAACAAGAGAAAAAGCAUUGCAUAUGGAUACUAAUAGCAAUACUAGUAGUAGUAGUUUUUUGUUUUCAAGGUUUUUCUUUAGAGUACUUGUAGUGGUGGGGUUUGUUUGUUUUAUGGUUUUUAGUAGCUUAGUUAGUGGUGGAGGAACAGGACAAACAACUACAAGACAUUGGUCAGAGGAAACACUCAAACAUGAUGAUGAACAAGUUGUUGUUGGUAAAGACAAGGGUGUUGUUGUCAACCAUGAUGCACAAUUGGAUUUUAACUAUAUGAGUAAAAGAAGAGUUCCUAAUGGACCAGAUCCUAUUCACAACAGGAGAGCUGGAAAUUCUGGUAGACCUCCUGGUCAAACUUAGUCAACUGAGAAUUAGAGAAGCUUCAUCAAACAUGCAGAAGAUGACAAAAAAGGGCUAAUGAAAGUGAUUUCAUUUACAUCCCUAAGGUUCUUAGAAUUUCUGGCUUGUAUGCAAGGGCUAAUCACACUUAUGGAAAUUGAUUUGUUAAGGGAAGAGUUUUGUGGCCUUAAAAGGGAAAAGAGGAAAGUAGCUUGUGUCCCAAAGAAAAUAAGUUCAAAAGAAUAAAAAAUUUGUUUCAUGAAAAAACUGAAAUUUAGUGAGUGUUACACUUUUUUUUUUUUUGAACUUAUAUUGUGAAGAUGGGGUUGAGCUAGAGAGAAAUUGAGAGUCACAAAUUUCAAUUGAAAUUGAAAUUGAAAUCGAAAUCGAAAUCAGUGCUUGCAUGUAAAGCAAUUUAACAUUACUUUAAAAUUUUAAAGCAAGAGAGAUUUAUGUACAAAAUGUUGUAGCUAUAGAAGCAGCCAUAUGCAUAUUUUUUAAGGGGAAAAAAAUUAUUGGCUUUGGUUUGCUCAAUAUUAAAUUUGGAAAUUCUAUUUUGUUUUAAAUUAUUUAUUGGAAAAGAAUAGAUGUGAGUUCCUAAAGUAAAAGUAAAAAUUCCACCAUUUAAAGGUGUUGGGGAACAUGUAAAAGAAGGGUGUUUGCAUCUUAUGUUA